AUGGAUUCAGGCCAGAACACCACCACCCCUCAACUUCACGGAGACCUUUCAGGAAAGCCACCACCAUACCCACCACCUCCAACCAGUAAUAGCAUGCAAACUCACCGAAUGACUACUAUCGAUGAAAAGCCAUUUUUUAGUGCCCUCUAUGGGAACCAGUUUCCUGGAUAUUAUUUCCAGCCCCAUGGACUUAUACACACCAAUGAUAAACUUUUCCACUCUGAUCUCUACAGUAAACAAUUUUCUACUCAAAACAACUAUUUCCAACCCCAAGAGCGUAUACCUCCAGUUGAGAAACCAGCUCCAGAUAUUCAGGUGGAUCAAAAACCUCCCAUGAUAAACAAUAAAAUUUUACCAAACAUUGAAAUAAAAACAGAACCAAAUGUGAAACCAUUUGAGUGUGACUCCUGCCCAAAACAGUUUGCCAGGAAGAACGCCUUGCAGUUACAUCAGCGGCUGCACACCGGAGAGAAACUCUUCCAGUGUAACUUCUGUGCCAAGCAAUUCAUCCACCGUGAUAAACUGCAGAUCCACGAAAGGAUCCACACAGGAGAGAAACCAUUUCACUGUGAGUUCUGCCCAAAGCAGUUUUCUCGCAAAGACAAACUGAAGAUCCACUUGUGCUCUCAUACUGGAGAGAGGCCUUUUCACUGCACUUUUUGCCCAAAACAAUUUGUACAGAAGGACAAACUGCUGAUCCAUGAAAGGACCCACACAGGAGAAAAACCAUUCCACUGCGACAUGUGCUCAAAGCAAUUUGCCCGCAGCGACCGUCUGCAGAUCCACAGAAGGACCCAUACUGGAGAAAAGCCUUUCCAGUGUGACCUCUGCCCUAAACAGUUUGUUCAACGUUGCUACCUGAAGAUCCACCGUCGAAUCCACACAGGUGAGAAGCCAUUCCAGUGUGAUGUGUGCCAGAAACAGUUUGCCCGCAAGGACAAGCUGCAGAUUCACACACGGAUCCACACAGGCGAGAAGCCAUUUCACUGUGACGUCUGCCGGGAGCAGUUUGCCCGCAAGACCCAACUGCACGCACACAAGAAACAUGCACACAAUGUGCACAACAACCCACCUGCUGUGCCUGAAAGCAAGCCGUUUGAUUGUGAAAUGUGCAUGCAACAUAUGAGUGAUCGCAAUGUGCCACAGCCCCCUCAGGUGCAAAGGACGGUGCACCCCCCUCCUACUGCCACUGUAGCCCCUCCACUUCCAGCCCCAACAUAUCACUGUGACAUCUGCUCAAAGCCUUUCUCCACCUUGGAGGAAAUGGAGAAUCACAAACGUACACAUGGGCAACCAAGAAAUAAUUACCUUAAACCACCGCCUUGCAAAAAUCUCAAAGAGUACACACCAAUGAGUACACUUCUUUGGCAGACCAUGCAACCCUAG